GAUUCGUAUGCUUUACUCCCUAGACUUAUGGGAGCAAUGGAGGAGUCCAAUCCUGGGACUGUUUUCGUCCCAGUAUACAACAAUGUAUACACUGAGGAUCAAGUUCGAGUACAGGAUAAGUUGAUGUUCCAUCGUCUUUUUUGGGCUUUUAAACCAUGCAUUGACGGAUUUGGGUUCUGCAUACCGGUUAUUCAGGUUGACGGAACUUUCCUUACUGGGAAGUACAAAGGAUGUCUUCUAAUUGCCACUGGCGUAGAUGGAAACAGGCGGAUUUUCCCGCUUGCAUUUGCAUUAGUGGAGGGGGAGAACAGCUUAAGUUGGGCUUGGUUCUUUGACCAACUGCACGAGCACGUGACACAGCGGGAAGAUAUUACGAUUAUAUCCGAUCGACAUGCGGGGAUAAGGAAUGCUGUUGGUGGUUUUCCCGACGAGUGGGGGUGGAGAUGGAGAUGGUGUAUUCGACACUGGCUCGCCAAUUUCCAACACAAAUUUGGGAAGAAGAAAGACAUCAAGAAUUUACUUUGGAAUGCAGCGGUUGCACAUCAACCAAAAAAGUACGAGGAGAAGAUGAAAACGAUCCGUCAUACCCACCGAGCUGGAGCAGUAUGGGCUGAAGGUCAAGAGUUGCCCAUGUGGACGUUCCAUAUGGACAACGGGGCCAGAUGGGGCAUUGCAACUACCAACCAUGGAGAAAGUAUAAAUAAUGUGUACAAGGGUCUU